CCGGCACAGAAGACGGGAACUUUCCAGGGGAGCUUGUUCUCGGGAAAGAAGCUUCGAGGGAGGUAGGAGAUCCACGACCCAUCGCGCUUGUUUGACAUAUUUGUGCGCAGGCGCCGAGCGGUCUUCUCGGUCGGCCCCGCGCUGCUGCUGGCUCGAAAUUAUUUGACACAGGUGCCGCAUGCUGCCCUGCAUCAGUAAGCUUUUCGUACGCUGUGCAUGCUGCGCCUGAAAUGCAGGUUGGUGCAUCGCGCACGGGCCGUCCUUGAAGCGUGUGCAUGAUGAAUCAGCCAGUCGGAAUCGCAUGCGCAUUGUGGGCGCUGGUCUUGCCACACGUCGCAAAGAAGUGCCGCAUGCUUUGCCGUGCUGGACGCUGCGGUUGGUGACGAGACGAGGACGAGGACGACUGCCAGUUCGUGGAUCGUGAAGGGCGGCUGAGACUGGUUUCGUUUUUUUCCCAGCGGGUUUCAGGAUCGAUAGCGGCAAGCCUUGGCCGCUGCUGCUCUAUCUGCAUUCGACUCUGGGAGAAACGUUGCCGAAUGGUGGAGGCGGCAAGAAGAAGUGGAACAAACGUUUCUCUCCAGGCGUCGAGUACGCCUCACGUAACUUCGUCAUCGUCUCACCCAAGUGCGAAUGGACUUGGAGGAGCCUGCCCGACACGUGGGUCGCGGAGCUGAUCGCCCAACUGUCCGCGGCGGAGUGGUGCAACCACGAGCGCGUAUAUGCCAGAGGAUAUUCGAUGGGAGGCUAUGCCACCUGGGAGAUAGCAGCAAAGUGCCCUAGCCUCUUCGCAGCGAUUGCAGUGGUUAGUGGCUACCACUUCCCCGAGCGCCGAGAGCGGCUGGUGGCGGCGCUCUGCGGCAUGCCCAUUUUCGUUGUGCAUUCACAUGGCGACGAGUGUUGCAAGUUCCAUGAAGAGGUUCCUCUCUGGAGGGUGCUGAGCAGAAGCGGCAACCCGCCGCUUAUGAAGAAUCAUGCCACCGGUGGGCACGGGUCUUGUUGGGCGCACAGUUGCGAAAAUGACAUUUUGCUCUAUGACAUACUGUUGGAUCACCUCGUCUCGCCUGAUGGUCACGCAGCGGAGGAGGAGGGCGAGCUCGACGAGGAGGAGGACGGCGAACAAUGAGGUGCUUCUCGGGCUUGGGCCACUCCACCAAGAAGUGAGGCAAUGGUCCCAGCGCGCGAAACAUUCGCAAAAGAAGCACCGCAGGAAUGAGACAUUCCCGGGUGCCACCGGGGCGUGCCAGUUUUUCCCGAGGAGUGUCAGCUUUUCCCGGGAACUGUCUUGGAACCCGCGUCGGGCCAACCCGAGUCCCCCGAAUCCGAGUCUUACGCCUCCCCG